UAUCUCACUGAAACUAAAUUUCAUCAGUCCAACAGAAAACAAAAAACUGCCAACCAUGUCUAUAACUUUGUCUUCUCAGAGUGAGAUAUCCCGCAAUAGAAUUGAACCUGUAGCAAAUGAAGAGAGUGAUACAAAAGUCAUACUCCAGUCAGAUGGUGAUCAAUCUAGGAGCUCUGGGAUCUGUGGAUACCUCCUUACCUUCUUCUCCUUCCUCCUAGUUUUUCUUACUUUUCCUGUCUCUGUCUGGUUUUGUAUGAAGGUUGUCCAGGAAUAUGAGAGAGCAGUUAUUUUUCGUUUGGGAAGACUCCUUGGCGGUGCUAAAGGCCCUGGUUUGUUUUGGAUUAUUCCAUGUGUGGACACAUUUCGGAAAGUUGACUUAAGGACAGUGUCUUUUGACAUCCCUCCACAAGAGGUGCUGACCAAAGACUCAGUGACUAUCAUGGUGGAUGCGGUGGUCUACUAUCGCAUCUUUAACCCCACCGUCUCCAUUACCAAAGUGGAGAAUGCUAAUCAUGCCACACAGAUGCUUGCACAGACUACAUUACGAAACAUGUUGGGAACUAAGAGUCUGGCAGACAUCUUAAAAGACCGUGAAGAGAUGUCCGAACAGAUGGAGGCUGUGCUGUACACUGCAUCCAAGAACUGGGGUAUCAAAGUAGAGCGGGUUGAGCUUAAAGACGUCAAACUGCCCACCACUUUGCAGAGAGCAAUGGCAGCUGAGGCAGAGGCCACCAGAGAUGCCAGAGCCAAGGUGAUCGCAGCAGAGGGAGAAAUGAAAGCCUCGCGUGCUUUGAAGGAGGCAGCAAACGUGAUGUCAGAGUCUCCGUCAGCACUUCAGCUGCGCUAUAUGCAGACGCUGACCGAGAUUGCCUCGGAAAGGAACUCAACUAUUGUCUUUCCUCUUCCUCUGGAUCUCAUCUCUAAUUUCAUGAAGAGGUGACCUAAUAUAGGAAUGAUCUAUUAAUUUAAAUAUCACUGUACAGACAUUACAACUUCAUUAUUUUUUUUUAAAAAAACCUCUAUGUUAUAACUAUAGGCAAAACAUAUGUUUAUAUCAGAGAUAUUUUGCACUUUGCAUCAUGAGUCUUACAUAUUUAACAUAUUUUUAAAAUAAAAUUGUUCAGAAUGUUCUUUUGUAUGAUUAAAUCUAUCAAAUAACAUGGCUAAGCAACUGUAUAUUUUACUCUGAUCUGCUUGGA